GGGGCGGUCCGGCGGGUUCAAAGAGGAAAACAUGGCGGAAAACAAAGGCGGCGGCGAAGCCGAGAGCGGCGGCGGGGGCAGCGGCAGCGCGCCGGUAACUGCCGGGGCCGUCGGGCCCGCGGCGCAGGAGGCGGAGCCGCCUCUCGCCGCGGUGCUGGUGGAGGAGGAGGAGGAGGAAGGCGGCAGGGCCGACGCGGAGAGCGGCGCGGCGGGGCCCGACGACGGGGGGGUGGCCGCGGCCUCCGGAUCGACCCCGGCCGCCUCCGCCCCGGCCGCCUCCGCGGGCCCUGGCGUUCCCGGGGGCGCGGCAUCGACGCCGGCCCCCGCUCCUGCCGCGGCCCCCGCUCCGGGUCCUUCGGCGGGGCCGCCCCUGGGACCGCCAGCCUCGCUCCUGGACACCUGCGCCGUGUGUCAGCAGAGCCUGCAGAGCCGGCGAGAGGCGGAGCCCAAGCUGCUGCCCUGUCUGCACUCCUUCUGCCUGCGCUGCCUGCCGGAGCCCGAGCGCCAGCUCAACGUGCCCAUCCCGGGGGGCAGCAACGGCGACAUUCAGCAGGUUGGUGUGAUACGGUGCCCAGUAUGCCGCCAAGAAUGCAGACAGAUAGACCUUGUGGAUAAUUAUUUUGUGAAAGAUACAUCUGAAGCUCCUAGCAGUUCUGAUGAGAAAUCAGAACAGGUCUGCACUAGUUGUGAAGACAAUGCAAGUGCAGUUGGCUUUUGUGUAGAAUGUGGGGAGUGGCUAUGUAAGACAUGUAUUGAAGCACAUCAAAGAGUGAAAUUCACUAAAGAUCACUUGAUCAGGAAGAAAGAAGAUGUCUCAGAGUCUGUUGGAGCAUCUGGUCAACGCCCUGUUUUCUGCCCUGUACACAAACAAGAACAGUUGAAACUUUUCUGUGAAACAUGUGACAGAUUGACAUGUAGAGACUGUCAGCUAUUGGAACACAAAGAACAUAGGUACCAGUUUUUGGAAGAAGCUUUUCAAAACCAGAAAGGUGCAAUUGAAAAUCUGCUAGCUAAGCUUCUUGAGAAGAAGAAUUACGUUCAUUUUGCAGCUACUCAGGUGCAGAAUAGGAUAAAAGAAGUAAAUGAGACUAACAAACGAGUAGAACAGGAAAUAAAAGUGGCCAUUUUCACCCUUAUCAAUGAAAUUAAUAAGAAAGGAAAAUCUCUCUUACAGCAGCUAGAGACUGUUACAAAAGAAAGACAGAUGAAGUUAAUACAGCAGCAGAAUGACAUCACAGGCCUCUCGCGGCAGGUGAAGCAUGUGAUGAACUUUACAAACUGGGCAAUUGCGAGUGGCAGCAGCACAGCCCUCCUGUACAGCAAGCGGCUGAUUACUUUUCAGUUGCGCCAUAUUUUGAAAGCUCGUUGUGAUCCUGUCCCUGCUGCUAAUGGAGCAAUACGUUUUCAUUGUGAUCCCACCUUCUGGGCAAAGAAUGUAGUCAAUUUAGGUAAUCUAGUAAUAGAGAGUAAACCAGCUCCUGGGUAUACUCCUAAUGUUGUAGUUGGGCAAGUUCCUCCAGGGACGAACCACAUUAGUAAAACUCCUGGACAGAUUAACUUAGCACAACUUCGACUCCAACACAUGCAACAACAAGUGUAUGCACAGAAGCAUCAGCAGUUGCAACAGAUGAGGAUACAGCAACCACCUGCUCCUGUAUCAACAACAACAACAACAACACAACAGCACCCACGACAAGCAGCUCCUCAGAUGUUACAACAACAGCCUCCAAGACUGAUCAGUGUGCAAACAAUGCAAAGAAACAACAUGAACUGUGGAGCUUUCCAAGCCCAUCAGAUGAGAUUGGCUCAGAAUGCUGCCCGGAUACCAGGGAUACCCAGGCACAGCGGCCCUCAAUAUUCCAUGAUGCAGCCACACCUCCAAAGACAACACUCAAACCCAGGGCAUGCUGGACCUUUUCCUGUUGUGUCAGUGCACAACACCACAAUCAACCCAACCAGCCCUACUACAGCUACUAUGGCAAGUGCAAAUCGAGGUCCUACCAGCCCAUCUGUUACAGCAAUAGAGUUAAUCCCCUCAGUUACCAACCCAGAAAACCUUCCAUCGCUACCAGAUAUUCCACCCAUACAGUUGGAAGAUGCUGGUUCAAGUAGUUUAGAUAAUCUACUAAGUAGAUACAUCUCAGGCAGCCACCUACCCCCACAGCCUACAAGUACCAUGAAUCCCUCUCCAGGUCCCUCUGCCCUAUCUCCAGGAUCAUCAGGUUUAUCCAAUUCUCACACUCCUGUGAGACCCCCUAGUACGUCUAGUACUGGCAGCAGAGGCAGCUGUGGGUCAUCAGGAAGAACUGCUGAGAAGACAAGUCUUAGUUUCAAGUCUGAUCAAGUGAAGGUCAAGCAAGAACCUGGGACCGAAGACGAAAUAUGUAGCUUUUCAGGAGCCGUGAAGCAAGAGAAGACAGAGGACGGCAGGAGGAGUGCCUGCAUGUUGAGCAGUCCUGAGAGUAGUUUGACACCACCUCUCUCAACCAACCUGCAUCUAGAGAGUGAGUUGGAUGCAUUACCAGGAGUGGAAAACCAUGUGAAAACUGAGCCUACAGAUACGAAUGAGAGCUGCAAACAGUCAGGGCUCAGCAGCCUUGUUAAUGGAAAGUCUUCAAUUCGAAGCCUCAUGCACAGGUCGGCAAGGAUGGGAGGAGAUGGCAACAGCAAAGAUGAUGACCCAAAUGAAGAUUGGUGUGCUGUCUGCCAAAAUGGAGGGGAUCUCUUGUGCUGUGAAAAAUGUCCAAAGGUCUUUCAUCUAACUUGUCAUGUUCCAACACUUCUUAGCUUUCCAAGUGGGGACUGGAUAUGCACAUUUUGCAGAGAUAUUGGGAAACCAGAAGUUGAAUAUGAUUGCGACAAUUUGCAACAUAGUAAGAAGGGGAAAACUGCACAGGGAUUAAGCCCUGUGGACCAAAGGAAAUGUGAACGUCUUCUGCUUUACCUCUAUUGUCAUGAGUUAAGUAUUGAAUUCCAGGAGCCAGUUCCUGCUUCGAUACCAAACUACUAUAAAAUUAUAAAGAAACCAAUGGAUUUAUCUACCGUGAAAAAGAAGCUGCAGAAAAAACAUUCCCAACACUACCAAGUCCCAGAUGACUUUGUGGCUGACGUCCGUUUGAUCUUCAAGAACUGUGAAAGGUUUAAUGAAAUGAUGAGAGUUGUUCAAGUUUAUGCAGAAACACAAGAGAUUAAUUUGAAGGCUGAUUCAGAAGUAGCUCAGGCAGGGAAAGCAGUUGCGUUGUACUUUGAAGAUAAACUCACAGAGAUCUACUCAGACAGGACCUUCGCACCUUUGCCAGAGUUUGAGCAGGAAGAGGAUGAUGGUGAGGUAACUGAGGACUCUGAUGAAGACUUUAUACAACCCCGCAGAAAACGCCUAAAGUCAGACGACAGACCAAUACAUAUAAAGUAAAAAGACACGAACUUAAACCAAUUGUUUAAAAAGAGAGCGAAAACACUUUUAAGUGUUGCUGGAAAAUUCUGCCUACAGUGGGGGCACCUCCUUGAAGAAACUGAUAGCUUUCACACAGUAUUAGACUGAAACAAUGGACAGAAACCACAUUCUUGUCAAGAAGGGGAGACAACUCUGCACCAUUAAAAGUAAAAAUAAAAGUGAAAUACUUUGAAGAUUUCUGUUACUGAAGAGUUUUGACUGUUAGAAUCGGCAGAUGUGGAUUAUGUGGUAUUGACUGGUGCAGGAUGCUGGAUGUAUAAGUAAAUAAAUACUUGCGGGUCAUGUCACUUGAUAAAUUGUCUCUGUGGACCACAGCGUACAGCUAUUAAACAAUUCUGAUGCCUCUCCCUUCACACACACACACUGGCUUGUUUUCUAGUCAAAGUUGACAUUUUUGAUGUCAAUACAGAUGUGCAUUGAAUCAUACACUUACAUUUUUUCUCAUUUUGAUGCUGUUGGGCCUUAGUUUUUAUAUUGGUUUAAAGAACUCAACAGUUUUUUUUUUGUUCAUACUUGGAGUCUAGGGAACAUGACCAUUGAUCAUUAUUUAAUCAACUUUAAUGGUCUACUGAAAUAAAUAUGGUAACUGUUCAGUAGGAGAUCAUGUAAUUAUAGUAAUCAUUCCCAGAAAACAUGUCCACAAAUUGCAUCUCUCAACCAAAUCAUCGGCUCCUAGUUAUUCCCAUGAAAGGCAGAAUGUUGAAUAUUGGCCUAGUUUUUGUGUAUUUAGAUUGGAUUGAGGAGGGGAUAGCUGGCUCUGACCCGUCUUCCUUCAUGUCAGUUUCCGAUAGACCACUAUUGGCAAACGGUAAUCUGUCAGCUACCAAAUGUGUAACAUUUUCUGUAUUUCACUUUGUCUUAUUUGUAAAUAGUGAACUAAAACUUCUGGCAGAUCGGCAACAUUUGCUGAGCCUGUUUUUUAAGCUAAUGUGUAUUCUUACUAAUGUUCCUAUCAAGAAUGGAUUUGUAAUAUAUGCUGUCUAUUUCUAAUGUUCACAUUCAUAUUUUGAGGUUCUAUCUUAUUUUAAUAGAGAACAGACUUCUCAGAAAAUCUUCAGAAGCAGCUUAUUAUUAAAAUAUCAAAAUAUUGAAAUAAACCCGGUGGGGUUAGAUUACUCAUCUGUCCACCAAGUGGGACAUUGCAUGGACUGGGGCCUAAAGGACAGAGAAGAGACUUGUAAGUAAAUCCUGAAAAUGAGCCAAUCCCCACUUGAAUGGUUCCUGGAGUAACCCACCUUUAAUCCUGAUUUCAGCACCCGAGGCAGAUACACACACCAUCUUGGCUCUGUCUCAUUUUUCUUCUCUUCAUUUGUGAUGCUCAUGUCCAAGAUGUGUGUCUAGACUGUAUACAGGCUUCUCUUUUGUUGGAUUAAAAAUUUUAGUCCUACUUUUGUAUGGACACAUUAGAAUACAAAGUGACCAAAAUAGAAGACUCUCCAUUAGAUAUUUUCAGAUAUCAGAUUUGUGGCAAAUCGUUUGCCUUUUAAAAAAUCCAGCUGAAGCAGUUCAGACAGGUUUCUCAGAAAAAUUAUUUGACAUAAUUGUCUAAGAGGUAAAUAUUUUUUAGUGCAUAUUGAAUAAAAUAAAGUGCUUUAAAGAAAUUAUUAUGCAAACUCCUUUGGGCUGUUGUUCUUUUCUUAACAAGUGGUGGGGGUAAACAUGAAUAUGAUUCAAGCCUUCUAAUGGUAUUGAUUUUGUCAUUGCUAUUGACUUAUUUCAUUCUCUAACUUCCUUUUGGCUUCUCUUUCAGUUUUGUUGUAAAUUUAAAAAACAUAUUUCAAACUCAUCUUGCUCAAAUUUUAAAGAAGAGUUUUCUGAUAAGAGGGAGAAUAUUGUUUAAAAAAUGCUUUUAUCUGUGCUUAUUCACCUCUUUCCUAUAAUAUUUGUGAUUUCAUUAUCAGGAGACAUACCUAAGGGCACAUUUUUGAAAACUGGAGAGUUAGCCGUAUAGCUUCAUUUUGUCUAAUGUGUUUUGUUUGCUCUCUUUCACUAUUAUUAGAUAGUAAGUCAUAAAUACUUUCUACCAAUGGCAGAAGAAACAAAAUUUUAAGUAAAUAUUUAUUUCUCAAUACUUGGGGCCUUAAAAGAUAAUGUGUUCUCUUAAAGAUAUUACCAUGUUAGAUGGGGUUUAUCCCCUUUGUUUUAUUUUAAGAUUGGUUCUUUGGUUCUUAAAAAGCCACUUUAUUGUCAACAUUUAAUAGGCUCCAUUUCUGCUAACAAGAUAAUUCAUGCUGCUGAGGAAGUACCAUUCGUUAAUAGCUGUCCGUAAACCGCCAUUAAAUGAAGUUGUUCACUUUAGAUUUCAUUUAAAGCUCUUUUUGCGCACUGAUCACUGUUACUAAGCUGAUCUGUGCACUGAUAGAACUGUUCAAAAGUAUUAACUUGAUAUUCAGAAAUCUUACAUGAUUUCCUAUUAUGUUUUAAAAAGACAAACAUUGUAUAUCAGUUCCUGUUUGUUUUUAUACUCUCACAUUUGUAUUCUUCCUUGAAAGGCAGUAUUUUAGAUUUGGAGAUGUUAAUGUUUCCUUAAAGGUUUGCAAAGUUUUCGCCACAUUUCAGUUCCUAUCUGCUAUGAGAACACCAAGAAUAAAGUGUUCCUUAGUCUGCUCCGCUGGCCUACAUUUGGGUAUUUUAACGCUGAGCUGAGCUGAUUCACUGAAGGAAUUGCUUUCUAAGGCGAAGCCCGUGUGUGUUCCAGACCGUUAGAUUGUGGGUCAUGCUCUGGACAGAAAUAUCAAGUCACGGCCGCAGAGAAGUGAUGCGGCAUUGGAGCCAGGAAUCAACAAGGUACUUUCUGACUCUGUUUCUUAUAUGAGGGAAUUUUAAAUAAAAUUUAAAGUCAGUUAAUUCUCA